CCGGGCCAAUUUUGGCCGGAAAAACAUCAAUUGGUUCGAAUUGUUUUUUGACGAGGGUAAAAUUGUCAUUUCACUCCCUUCUUCUUCUUCAUUCUCCCUUUCUUCUUCGUUCUUCUUCUUCUUCGCUCAGCAUAGGAGUCAUUUGAUAGCAGUCCAAUCUAGAUAGCAGGCCAAGCACUGUGCAUCCUGAUCCUGAUGGUCAUUCGAUUCGGCCCCCACCUAGUGGUUUCCCUCCAUUUGAGAUGCUUCCUCAUCCUGAGAUUAUGGAGCAGAAGCUUGCCACACAACAUGCAGAGAUGCAAAAACUUGCAAAAGAAAACCAUAGGCUUGCUGCCACCCCUGCACCGAGUUUCGUCGCCGCUCCAUCGCCGUAUUCCGCAGCGGAGCCACCGACCCCAGUUCCCGCUCCUCUCGUUGCGACUCCAUCGCCAUCGCCUUCUUCCGCCGCAGAAGCUGAGUCGUCCCCUGGUCGCUUCUCCGGUGUCCAGUGCCGCCGCCGCUCCCUCGCCUUCAAUCGCCAUGCCUCCGCCGUCUCCGUCGUCCACUACCGCCACUGCUAUCCUUAACUUCGUAUGGUCUAUAACGGUCGACAUUAUCGGGAUUGAGCAAGAAUGUGACUUUGAAGCAUUUUCCUGAAUCGCCACUUUCAAACCUCCACGCCAAUGGAAACGCGCCGCCUCUCGCCGCCGGAAAUCCCCCGGAUCCUGUCCGUGUUUUUGGUGAGUGGAGAUUGAGUAGCUGAUGCCCAGUGCAAGGAUGAAGAAGAAGAAGAACGAAGAAGAAGAAGAAAGAAGACGGGGCGAAUG